AUGACGGCAAGGACGCCCUCCAAGGCGCACAUGCACGAGCUGCACAAGCGCCAGUCGCAGUCGACGACCCACGCCGUCCAGACCGAGACGCAAGAAGAAGAAGAAGAAAAGAAGAAGAAGAAGAGCGAUACGAUCAGCGAGCUCGCGAGCGAACGCGCAAGCGAGAUUGGCCUUGAGGACGAGGAAGGCCACUCGGAGAGCGAGGACGAGUCGGUGACCGUGCUUGUGCGCAGCCACCGCUCCAACAGCGCCGAAGUAGAGAUCGAGCGCAGCCAGCAUGGCACCACCGUCACCGAGAUCCCGUCCGAGCGCGAAGCCUACUUGAGCCUCCCGCUCUCGGUGCGUCUCGAGAAGGCAGCGUCGCACCCCGACUUCAAGGCGGGUCUCCAUGGCCUCGUCGAGUGGAGCAAUGCGCACCUCUCGCCCGACGUCGUCGACAUCUUUUUCCAGAGCAAGGCCUUGAAGCUCCUCCUCGAGAACCUCUUCCGCGUCUGCCCCGUGCACAGCCACCUCUUUGACAGCCUCACGGCGCUCUUCGCCAACCUCUUUGCUGGCACGUACCCGUUUGAGCUCGCGGACGGCCGCAAGACGGGCAACGUCAAGGCCGCGCGGCUUGUUGUCCAAAGCAUCCGGUCGACCGUCGACUCGCUGCGGUCGCUGAAGCGCUACAAGGACAAGGCUCCGAUGGUCGCAUCGCUCAUCCCGCAAGUGUCGGCGUCGCUCACCAAGCUCAUCGUGAGCCACCAAGCGCAGAACGCGCUGCAGCCCUCGGACGGCUACGACCUCGCCACCAACAUUCUCAAGCUCGACGAGACGCUGCAGAGCAUGGUUGCGACCGAGAAUGCGAUCCGUGGCCAGACGAUCCGCGAUACGUUCCGCCGCCGUGAUCUGCGUGCGGACGCGGUCGCCGUCAGCGGUCAGCGCAUGACGUCGCUCCUGUCCCUGGUCGUGCAGGCCAAUGCAAAGCGUGCGACGAGCGUGGCCGUGACGCCCGAGCUGGCGCCGUCGGCUGCCGGCGGGAGUCCCGGCCGGCCUGGGACCCGUCCGACGGGCCCAAGACGUGACCUUCACAAGGAGAAGGUCGCGCAGCUCGCGCCGUGGCAAGAGAAGAAGGAGAAGGUCUCGAACGAGCUCAUGGAACUCAAGCUCCUCCAAGACGAGCUCCGUAAGAAGCUCGCGGACGUCGACUCGCGUCUGCACAUCUUGCAGCACCUCCACGGCGACAUGGUCGGCGAAAUGGCUGCGAUCGAAGCCACGUUUGAAGACGAGAUUGGCCGCUUUGGCGCGGAGAACAUGGGUGUCGUGAGCCAUCUCCAGGGCGUCGAGAAGAAGCAAGAGAUUGUCGGCGCGUUCCGCGGGCUCCGCACGACGCUCGACGACCUCUCGGCGUCUGCGCUCCGGCACAAGAUGGUGGGCACGACGGCGCAGCACCUCGAAGGCGUCCUGCGCUACGUCUCGGCGCAGGCCAUUUGCGUUCAGUUUACCAAGAACCGCCUUGUCGACGCCGACACGAAGCGCACCAAGCUGCAAAUGGAGAUGCAGGCGACCGAGUCGCUCGGCGACGACGCAACCAGCCUCGUGCAGCAGAUUACAGAGCUUAGCGCGCUCAUUUCCGAAGACAAGAAGAGCCUCCGCGCCGACAUGGCGCGCGAUGCGGACCUUCGGACGCAGCUCGACGCGCUCUUGGCGACGCUGCAAAAGGAAGGCGCCAAGGACGACGCGACCGUGAACGACGGGACGGUGGCCGAGAUCCACGACCUCUUUGCCAAGAUCUUCAGUGUCUAUGCGCUGUACGAGGGGUCGGACGACGACAACGACGAUAGUACGGCCGUCGUCGAGCCGCGCGGCGCGGCCUCCGUGCCGGCGACCGAAGAGGACGAGCUCGAGAUGCAGAUCACGCAGGAAAACCUCGCCCGCCUCGAACAAGGUACAUCCUAG